AUUUAGUAUUUUUUUUUUUUUUUUUUUUUUUGUGUAAACACUACAUAUAUGAUUUAACAUCGAUAUUCAUGACCAGUAAAAAAUGGACGCUGCAGGCAAUAAAGAAAAACAACUACCAAAUCCUCGAGCUAAAGCAAAUAUCUUCGAAAUCCUUACGUUUAGCUGGAUUUUAAACCUCUUUAAAACGGGACAAAAGAGGGAUUUAGAGAGCAAUGAUAUGUACGCUAUACUUGAUGAUGACAAAUCCUCAUUAUUAGGAUUAAAAUUCGAAGAGAGAUGGAAAAUCGAGAUUUCAGAUGCAAAAAGUACAAAUAGAAAACCUAGUUUAUCAAAAGUUAUAGUGCAAAUAUUUGGUGGAAAAAUCUUGUUUUAUGGAAUAGUAUAUCUGUUCAAUGAAACGAUAUUAAGAAUGACUCAACCAUUACUCAUUGGAGGGCUGUUAACAUAUUUCAUCCACGAUGGGUCAAAUAUCAAAGACUUGAAAUACGCAUACAUGUAUGCAUUUGGUUUGUUGUUAAACAUGUUAGCUAAUAUAAUAUUGCAUCAUUAUUCGGAAGUGGAAAUGUUGCACCUAGGAAUGAAGAUCCGAGUUGCUUGCUGUUCAGCAAUAUAUAAAAAGGCUUUAAAAUUAAGUAGAGCUUCUCUAUGUGAAACUACAAUUGGCCAAGUAGUAAAUUUGAUAUCAAAUGACGUAAACCGAUUCGACACAGCGUUUAGAUUUAUACAAUUUUUAUGGAUCGGGCCCUUGCAAACUAUUUUGGUCACCUAUUUUUUGUGGCAAGAAAUAGGUGUAUCAUCAAUAAUUGGAGUAACUGCAUUUCUUGCGCUUGUCCCAUUACAAGGGUGGUUGGGGAAAAAGACAUCGGACUAUCGAUCAAAAACAGCACCUAGAACUGAUGAAAGA